AUGUUUCGCAAAGUGCAGUUAGUAUCUGUCCUGGUCCUAGGAGUAUUUUUACCUGUGCUAGUGGCUGGUCAGUGUCCUGUCAAAGAAUGUUACUGUGAUAUGGUCAGCAUUUUGUGUGAGUUUAAAGGAUUCACAUCUUUGCCAGCUUUUAAUGUUACCCAGCAGACCAAUCAAACAUCUCUUAUCUUAGAUACCAAUGAGAUUACCUCAAUACCAGCUAGAAGUUUACCAGCCAACCUGACACAACUCUCCCUGGAUGAGAACCCAAUUCUCACCGUGGAUGACGCAGCAUUCGACGCGUCAGCCAACACGCUGAACACACUCUCGAUUUCCAAAGCCCGCUUUACACGAAUUCCAGAUGCCUUCCUCCAUUUACACGCACUGACUCAAUUUACAAUUUACGACACAAACAUCACGGACUGGAACACAAACGCCAUGAAGAACAUUGGUAAAACACUGCAGACGUUUUAUUUCACCCAAGCUGGCCUCAAUACAUGGCCUGAUUGUAUUCAGUAUUUUACCCAUCUCACUGAUCUAACUGUUUCCUUUACAUCGAUAGAACAAAUCCCAGACAACACUUUUAGUAAUUUGGCUACGAGUUUAAAAACACUGUCGUUAAUUAACAACAAUUUAAGUACUCUUCCUAAAUCGCUGUCAAAUUUGAAAGCUUUAGAAAUGCUGUAUUUGAGCACGAAUAAAAUUGUAGAUGUAAGCUCUCUGCCGCUAACUGCAAAACUGAAAACGCUAACUCUUGAUGGCAACAGAAUAUCAGACGGUAAUCUGCUAAGUAACCUAUUGCGUAGAUAUGCUGAUAGUUUGGUGAGCUUUAGUCUAGCCGACAACAGACUAUCAGCCAUUCCAGAUCUUUCUUUCUUGAAAUCGGCUACUGAGUUUUACUUUACAAAUAACCAAAUAAGCGAUGCAUAUUCUGGUUCUCUUCCAUCUGAUACUUUCAAUAUUGAUUUACAGAAUAACAUUCUUACGGCGAUUCCCAGCGUAUUUCAGAAUCUAACAUCUGUCCUUAGCUUACUUCUAUCUUCAAAUAUUAUUCGUGCUAUAAGAGAAGGUGAUAUUCCACAGUGGAUCACACAAAUCCAACUUGAUUACAAUUUUAUCACACAACUAACAGAUACAAGUUUUCCGGUGAAUUCCAGUCUAACUUCACUUGAUUUGGACUACAAUCCCAUUUCAGAUAUUUCCGCGUCUGCCUUUGUAAAUCUCCAUUUUCUAACGGGGAUAUCAAUAAAGGGUUCAAAGUUAACCAGGGUACCGUUGGCUUUGACGACUCUGGCACCCUUGAAUUUCAUUGAUCUAAGCGACAGUAAGUAUCUCGUAUGCACUUGUCUGGAGAAGAGUCUUGGGCCUUGGCUAAAACAUUUUGAGGAGUAUACGGUGGAUGGGAACUGUGGAGAGAUUUCCAUUUAUGAUUUCUUUGUCAACUUGAGCCCUGCGUGUCCCACAAGUUAG